GGUCCUGCUGCGUCCGGGGACAAAGUACGCGCAGUUCUGGUCCGGACGUCUGACCCGGGCUUGGCGGACUGCAGCAUGGCCGGGCCUGAGCUGGGGUCGCUGGAGCAAUGCCUAGAGAAACACCUGCCACCUGCGGAGCUGCGGGAGGUGAAACGUAUCCUCUACGGCAAGGAGACCAGGAAACUGGAGCUGCCCCUCGAGGCCCUGGACGCGGCCGCAGCCGGGGACUUCGAGCUGCAAGGCUACGCCUUUGAGGCGGCCCCCGAACAGCUGAGGGGGCCUCGCAGCGUGCGAGUGGGGCUGGUGCAGAACCGGACGGCCCUCUCCACCGAUGCCCCCGUGGCUGACCAGGUCUCCGCCCUGCACCGCCGCAUCCAGGCCAUCGCCGAGGUGGCCGCCAUGUGCAAGGUCAACAUCAUCUGUUUCCAGGAAGCUUGGACCAUGCCCUUCGCCUUCUGCACGAGGGAGAAGCUGCCCUGGACGGAAUUUGCCGAGUCUGCGGAGGACGGGCCCACCACCCAGUUCUGCCAGAAGCUGAGCCCACUCACCAUUUACUACGGACAUGCGCUAGAGGUUGUCUUGCCACCACCGCCUCACCUUUUCCUUCUGGGCAGCGCAGGGCUCGACCCGCCCACCUUUGGGUUCACAGUGCUUAAUCCACUGCACUGCCAGACUGCAGAGCUGCCUCACACCAAAAGCCAUGCUCACUGCCAGCCAGGCCAGUCUAGGUCAGGGACCCUGCAGGACAGGGAAGAAGUGCCAUCUUCACAGAGGCAGGCAGCCUCCUCUCUCUCCUGCAGAGCACCUGUGGGGUUCGAACCAUCCACCUCGUGGUUAGCAGCCCAACACCUGCCCUGGGGCACCACCCUUCCCGGGCCUCGUGGGCCUGAGAAGUCUGUGUGGGCAGGUGUGGGGGGGCUGCAGCCUCCUGGUCAUGCCCCUGCCCUUGUCCCCCUUCCCCUUUGCAGUGAGUCCCUGUGGCCCAUCGAGGCUAGGAACGCCGCCAUUGCCAAUCACUGCUUUACCUGCGCCAUCAACCGCGUGGGCGAGGAGCACUUUCCCAAUGAGUUCACCUCUGGAGACGGGAAGAAAGCCCACCAGAACUUUGGCUACUUUUAUGGCUCCAGCUACGUGGCGGCACCAGACAGCAGCCGCACGCCCGGGCUCUCUCGUCACCGCGACGGGCUGCUGGUGGCCGAGCUGGACCUCAACCUGUGCCGGCAGGUGAAUGACAUCUGGAACUACAAGAUGACGGGCAGAUAUGAGAUGUACGUGCGGGAACUGGCCGAGGCAGUGAAGCCGGAAUACAGCCCCAACAUCGUGCGGGAAUCGCUGCCCUCCGGCUUCCGAGCUCCCACCUCGGGCACCAAGUGAGCAGAGCUUGAAGGAUCCGAGUUUUCCCAGAAGCCACUGCUGUCCAGUUGAAUACAGAAGGCAGGCUGGGGCUGGGAACCGCUGUGUGAUGGGUUGAAUUGGGUGCGGGGCUUAUUUGGGGGUGACGGGCAUACUUUUGGAGGUAGAUUGAGAUGGGGGUUGCACGGCAUUGUGAAUGAACCAAAUGCCACUGAAUGGCACACUUGGAGACUGCUAGUUGGGCAUCAUCUGCUCUUCACCACCAUUAAAAAGGCACGCAUGUC